GCUCGGCUGGCGCGCCCCCGGGUCGGCGUCGUCCGUGCGCCCGCCCGCCCGCCCGCCCGGCCUCGCCUCGCCCUUCUCGGCGCCUGGCCGCGAUGGCCAACCCGGCGGUGCCCAGCCUGGUGCGGCUGAGCGUGGCGCUGAAGAUCCAGCCCAACGACGGGCCGGUCUUCUUCAAGGUGGACGGGCAGCGCUUCGGGCAGAACCGGACCAUCAAGCUGCUCACGGGCGCCAAGUACAAGGUCGAGGUGGUGCUGCGCCCGGGGCUCGUCCAGGCCGCGACCAUGGGAAUAGGGGGUGUGACUGUGCCCCUGGAAGAGAAGUCGCGAGACACCCAGAUGGUUACCUACAGCGGGAUCUAUGAUACGGAAGGGGUGCCCCACACCAAAAGCGGGGAGAGGCAGCCAAUCCAGGUCACCAUGCAGCUCGUGGAUAUUGGCACCUUUGAAACCGUCUGGCAAGUCAAGUUUUACAACUACCACAAGCGAGACCAUUGCCAAUGGGGGAAUAGUUUUGCAUACAUUGAGUAUGAAUGCAAGCCCAACGAGACGCGGACCCUCUUAUGGAUCAACAAGGAGAACUUCUACUAAGCUGGACGAAAGCAGUGUGGCUGGACGAUCUAGUGGCAGACCCUUCCUCCGACAAUCUCUUGGUGAACAAAAACCAGCACAAAGCCUUAACAGAGGCAUUCUGCAGAGAUGCUUGUGGUUUCUGGCAGUCCAAAGUCCAAUUCUUUGGGGAUGGGUUUCUUUGGGGUUGAAAAUUAGUUUCCAGGUGACUGUGCUUAAGACUGUAAGUACAGAUUAUCUGCAUAAAAUGAGAAUUUUAGGAUUUGACAUCCCCCCCCCAGCAAAUUGGAAAUGUUCCACAUCUUCAUAGUAAACAGGAUGCGUGCAGAGUUCCCAUCAAGGUCUGGAUGCUGGCCCUUCUAAUAAUUUCCCAAUUCGAGUCAUUUUGCCAAACUCGGCAUUGAUUUCUUCUCUUAGAUGAAACCAGUUCGGAGCUUCUGUAUUUUACUCCAGUCUUAAACAUGCUCCUUCAUCCGUCUCAUCACCGUAGGUAGCAACAGAGUAGGUGUUAGAUGGUCGCACUUCUGCUAAAGCAAAAGCCACAUCCCUGUUUUAAGUUGCAUUUGUUUAGUUGCCAUAUGGGGGGUGGGUGACUUGGCAGUUUCUCAUGGUUUUAACUUUCGUUGGCUGUUGUGAAAACUUCUGUGAACAGCUUUCCUAUCUUGUGAGCCUCAUUUUCAGGUGUCAAACUUCCCAGUUUCUCAAAACAACCCUUAAAAGCAAUGGCAGUAAUGAAUUGUUGGCAUAGAAGUAUGUAAGAAUGGAGAAGCAAUACAUGUAUUGUCUUAAGUAACGUGUGUAUCGUAUGAAUCCUUGAACAUAACAGUGAUUUUAAAUGUAAUGUUGGCAUAUAGAGUCUGUUCUAUUUUCAGAGUUUUCCUGUUUCAGCGAUUAUUGAUAAGGUAAACCGAAGCAACUCGAGUUACUGUUCACUUCUUCGGCUCCAACUGUUCAGUUGCACCAAACAGCCUUUCAAGUAAAAUAUGAUUGCAAACAGGACUAUUUUAAGGAAACAAAGUAUUUUUGUGCAGGAGUCUGAACUCUGGUGCUAUGUCUUGUGUGAAUUUGUUUACAGCUUAGUUGCAAGCAAACUGGAAGCACCUUUUUAUAUUGGUGAAUGAAAUGUUGUUCCCUUGAAGUCUCCUGGCCUGAGGUGGCUUGUGUAUCUGCUUUACCAUUAUAUAUCAACUGUUGUUAAGUCUCUUCAUGUGAUGAAUAACCUUUAAACUGUAAUCACAAGUUUUGCUUUUCAUAAUAAAGGAGUUGGAAA